UUGUUCCGCUUCCGAAUGAAGUUGAUUAAAAGCGCGUGAAAUGUGUAAUCGCUUAGUGUGGCGAACAGUUUCGAGUGGCGUUGCGUUCAACGAUGUAUUUUGUUAUGGAUUUGUAUCUCAUCGUUUUGUGUCUGCUAGUCAUCUACAUUAAGGAUAGUCUUCAAGGGCCGCACGAGAAACGACUGUUGAACAAUCUAUUGGCAACGUACAACACGCUUGAACGCCCGGUCGCCAACGAGUCCGACCCGCUGGAAGUAAAGUUCGGGCUGACGCUGCAACAAAUAAUCGAUGUUGACGAAAAAAAUCAGAUACUUACUACCAACGCUUGGUUGAAUCUGGAAUGGAACGAUUACAACUUGCGCUGGAACGAUUCCGAAUACGGUGGUGUGAGGGAUUUGAGAAUUACCCCGAACAAGCUCUGGAAGCCGGACGUGCUCAUGUACAACAGUGCUGAUGAAGGAUUCGACGGAACAUAUCAUACGAACAUAGUUGUGAAAAACAAUGGAAGCUGUUUAUAUGUUCCUCCCGGUAUUUUUAAGAGCACGUGCAAAAUCGAUAUCACGUGGUUUCCGUUCGAUGAUCAGCACUGCGAGAUGAAGUUCGGCAGUUGGACUUACGAUGGAAAUCAGUUGGAUCUCGUACUCAACUCGGAUGAUGGAGGAGAUCUUUCUGAUUUCAUCACGAACGGCGAAUGGUAUCUCAUAGGAAUGCCCGGAAAGAAAAAUACAAUAACAUAUCAGUGUUGCCCGGAACCGUACGUGGACAUUACGUUCACCAUACAGAUACGCCGGCGGACACUUUACUACUUCUUCAAUUUGAUAGUUCCAUGCGUCUUAAUUUCUUCGAUGGCCCUGCUUGGAUUUACGCUUCCACCAGACUCGGGUGAAAAGUUGACCCUAGGUGUAACUAUACUGCUAUCACUCACUGUAUUCCUUAAUUUAGUUGCGGAGACGUUACCUCAAGUAUCCGAUGCAAUUCCGUUACUAGGACUUACUAUACUGGUAUCUCAAACUGUGUUUUCAUUAUUAGUGGGACAUGUUAUUACGAAAACGAGCGAAGCAGUCCCUUUGCUAGGAACAUACUUCAACUGCAUCAUGUUCAUGGUAGCGUCGUCGGUGGUGCUUACGGUUGUCGUACUAAACUACCAUCACCGAACGGCAGAUAUCCACGAGAUGCCUCCCUGGAUCAAAUCCGUUUUCCUGCAAUGGUUACCGUGGAUACUGCGCAUGGGACGACCGGGUAGAAAGAUCACACGCAAAACUAUUAUCCUGAGCAAUCGCAUGAAAGAACUGGAGCUGAAGGAACGUUCGUCAAAAUCGUUGCUUGCGAACGUGCUCGAUAUCGAUGACGAUUUCCGGCAUCCUUGUUCUGGCAUUUCCGGUUCUACUACCGCAAUAGGGGGCUCGGUCUUUACGCGUCUUACAACGGUCGAAGAGCAGAAUGCCAGCUCCGGCUGUACGCACAAGGAUUUGCACCACAUACUAAAGGAAUUGCAGUUCAUCACUAAUCGUAUGAAGAAAGCAGACGAAGAAGCAGAAUUGAUCAGUGACUGGAAGUUCGCAGCGAUGGUUGUUGACAGAUUUUGCCUUUUCGUAUUUACAUUAUUCACAAUAAUAGCCACAGUCACUGUGCUUCUAUCGGCUCCUCAUAUAAUAGUGCAAUAAUAAAAGCAGAAAGUG